GGCCAAUUCGCAUGUUAUUCUCACCCCUAAUGGAUCUCUACUGCAGGUAGUGUAGUGUCUCUUAUUGAAUAGGAUGUCCCGCGUCAGGAUGAGCAGUCUGUGUCUGCUGCUGGUGGUGGUGAUCGUUUCGGCGGGAAGCGGAGUGAUCGCACAGACCGAGUACAACUUAACGUUCGAUGGUGCGCCAACCGUCGUCAGCAUUAACCUGAAAACCCGUGAACUGCGCGUUACUUACUCCGGCCAGGUGGUGCAACAGAUCCGGCUCAGCUCGAACCUUGAUCCGGCGGCCCGCUACACCGAAACGGCAACCGGCUUCACCCUCACGAACGACGCGACGGACGAAACCGUGCUGGAACUCGCGAAGGAGGUCGACGACACGCACUACUCUCAGUUUUCCGUGACGCGAAAUGGAGUUCCGCGGAACGUCACGACCGUCGACUGUGUCAGUCUGCUCGGCACGAACUGGUACGGUGGACCGCAACAAAAGCAUCAGUACUGGCCGGUGCAGAAGCUGCGCUUCAAUCGCUACAGCAUGCUGUCGAAGGAGGCGGACAACAGUGCGGUCGGGGACCGGUACUGGCUGAAUGCGCUCGGGUCGUUUCUGUACGUGGAUCCGUGGGCACCGCUGUUCGUCGAUCAGAACUAUGGUCAGCCGGGCUUUAUGUGUCUGGAAAGUCGAGCCGUGCUGCCGUACGACACAUACGAGGCAUCUUACAACGUGCAGUACAUGAUCGGUGUGGAAGCGGAUGCGCGGGCCGCACACAUGGCCGCCGUUAAACAUAUCCUGGGCAAACCUACGGGCCAUCCGGCUGAAUCAAUGGUAGCGGACCCGAUCUGGUCGACGUGGGCCCGCUACAAGCGGGACAUAAACGAUGAGGUCGUGCGCAACUUUGCUCAGGAGAUCAUUUCCAACGGGUUCGGCGGUCAGUACGAGCUGGAUGACGAUUGGGAGUGGUGCUACGGGGCGCUCACCUUCAACCGUACCAAGUUCCCGGACAUUCGCAACACCAUUACCACGAUCCGGCAGCUCGGGUUCGCACGGACCACGCUGUGGAUCCAUCCGUUCAUUAACAAAGGUUGCGAACCGUGGUAUUCGGAGGCGCACCGGCGCGGUUAUCUGGUGGCGGACCACUCGGGAAGCACCGACACCGAAUGGUGGAACUCGGUGCGUGGUCAGGCUGCGUACAUCGACUUUACGAAGGCGGACGUUCGCGAGUGGUUCUCGAAGCGGCUGCAAGCCAUUCUGGAUGAGUCCGGCAUCGAUAGCUUCAAGUUUGACGCUGGUGAGAGCAGCUGGACCCCACCGGACCCGGUGCUGAAUGGGCCGGCAGGUCGACGCCCAAGCCAGAUCGUCGGUGACUAUCUGCGCACGGUGGCACAGUUUGGAGAUUUGGUCGAGGUGCGGUCUGCCCUCGGCACGCAGGAUUUGCCCGUGUUUGUGCGCAUGAUCGACAAGGAUUCGAACUGGGGCUGGAAUAAUGGGCUGCCGACGCUCAUCACCACGCUGCUGCAGCUGAACAUGGUCGGGUAUCCGCUCGUGCUGCCCGAUAUGGUCGGUGGCAAUGGGUACGACGACAGCCCACCGUCGAAGGAAAUGUUCAUCCGAUGGCUGCAGGCGAACGUGUUCAUGCCCAGCAUACAGUACUCGUUCGUGCCGUGGGACUUUGACAGCGAAACGGUCACCAUUGCGCUGGCCAUGACCGCGCUACACCGCCGGAUGGCACCGGCCAUCAUGGAGCGCUUUGCACUGGCCGUCUCGGACGGGUUGCCGGUGAAUCCACCGCUCUGGUGGGUCGAUCCGAGCGACACCACUGCCCAACAAAUUUACGAUCAAUAUCUGCUCGGCGAUGACAUCAUCGCUGCACCGGUGAUUGUGGAGAAUGCGCGGGCUCGCGAUAUCUACCUGCCACGUGGUUCCUGGACCGAUGGCAACAGCGGCGAACAGCACACCGGCCCGAAAUGGUUACGAAACUAUCCGGUUCCCUUGUCGAUGGUGCCGUACUUCACGCGCAAGGUUGUUUAGUCUGGUUUAGCUGGACCGCCGCCGCCGCUGCCUGCACUGCUUAGCGAGCGAAACCUUGAAUAUCAAAACGUGGCCCUAAUUUGGUUUGAAUCGUGAAAGCGAACGUCCAACCGCAAUCUUCAUGUACUGCAGCCACUGCUGUGAAGCUAAAUGGAGCUGCGAUUGGCCUGGCCUGUAUGUUGCGUGUAUUCGAGGUGGAGUAAAUUAGCCGGACCCCGCGUGUUUGGGGUCCCUAUUGAACUUCAUGCUAACUUCAUGGAAGAAGUUAUUUUCUGAGGCCAUGAGGUUCUAGAUUUACCUCUCCCUAAUAUGUGAAAAAAACAUGUUUUCUACUUCUAAUAAGAAACUUUGAAAAACUUGGCAACCAAAAGCUGAAAUAUAUAAGUUUUAUAACUAAUUUA